GUGGCGACAUUUUGCGACGGGUCACGUGAGCCAUGGAACAGAACUGCAGAAAUAGAGAUGGAGCAGCCCAAGGAGCGCAAGGGAAAGCAGGUCGCUGAAUCAGUGACCGUCAACGAGGUGCCGCUGUUCCCGGUCAAGAAGGCCGUGCUGUCCAAGACCGGCAUCGGCUACUUCGAACGGGAGGACGCAGUGGACCCCGGUCGGCCGUUCGAGCUGUUCUUCAAGAGCGGCGACAUGAACGACGUCCUCAAGUCCCUCACCAUGGUCGACGUGUCUGGCAAGGCUGGAGGUCUGGUGUCGUCGAUCAGCUACGAGUCGACGCGGCCCUUCGACAAGCAGCUCGACGACCUCUCCAUCUCGCUCAACGAGCACUCGUCCCUGCGCGACCUGCUCGGCCAGGUCAAGGGCACGCCCGUCCAGGUGGAGAUCCUCCGCCACGGCAAGCGCGACCUCGUCGAGGGCACCGUCAUCGGCCUCGAGCAGAAGACGUUGGAGAGGCCGAGCUGGCACGAGGCCUACUUCCUGGCGCUGCUGGUCGAGGGCAAGGCCAUCCAGUACUUCAACCUCUACUCGGUGGUCAAGCUGCGGUUCACGAACGAGCUCAUGCAGCAGGACCUGCGCCACCUCCUCACCAUCCUCCUCCAGGCGAAGAAGAAGGACCUCAAGUCCGUAACGGGCUACACGCGCGGAGCGACGGAGAAGCGCAACAUCCGAGCGUCGUACAUCGUGGAGGCGCCCGUGUGGAAGACCACCUACCGCCUCCUCUUCAACACCAAGAGUACGAACAACCACGAGGAGGUGAAGUCGAUCAUCGAGGGGUGGGCGCUGGUGGACAACACGCAGAACGAGGACUGGCGCGGGGUGGAGCUGUCGCUGGUGUCGGGCGCGUCGAACUCGUUCAUCUACGACCUCUACAACCCGCGUUACGCCGCUCGCACUGAGGCACGCCCCCAAACCAAUACUGCCUCGCGUCUAACGCCCGACGACCACGGACAGAUCGAGGUGGAGCAGGAGGAGACCCUGGCGCCGCCCACGCUCGAAGACGCCGUGGCCCAGCACGACGUGUCGGCCCUCGUCGAGGCUACCGCCGUCCACGAAAAGAGGAAGGCCAUGCCGGUCAUGCGCGCCAAGGCCGCCAUGGCGCCGCCCCCGCCCAUGCCGUGCACGUCUGCUCCGAUGAUGGCCUGCGCGCCGCCCCCGCCCAUGUUGGCCCGUGCGAGCAUGUCAAGCUACGCGAGCUACGACGAAUGCGAGAGUGUGCCGCAGUCGUUCUCGAGGUCGGAGGCGUCGUCGUCGGUGGAGGUCAACUCCGAGGCCAAGAAGAUGGAGAUGGCCGACCUCUUCCAGUACAAGAUCACGAACGCGGUGAACGUGAACCGCAACCAGUCGGCCCUCGUGCCCUUCCUCCACACCGAGUUCAACGGCGUCAAGGCCUCCGUCUACAACAAGAAUGUGCGGGAGGACAACCCGCUGGCGGUGAUCAAGUUCAAGAACACGUUCGGCGUGCCGCUCGAGUCGGGGCCGCUGUGCCUGUUCGAGGACGACGUCUACGUGGGCGAGUCGAUGCUGCCGCGGGUCAAGGUCAACGAGGAGAUCUACGCGGCCUACGCCGUCGACCUCAAGACCACCGUCACCAUGACCGACUCCUCCGAACUGAGGCCCGUAUACCAAGCCGACGCGGCGCAGUACGACUGGGAACGAGGCCGCCUGUACCUGAGGAGGUGGCGCGUGUACGAGUUCACCUACGUGAUCGACAACAAGAACGAUCAGGACAUCGACCACUUCUAUCUCGAGCUGAAGGUGCCGGCCAAGCAGGUCGUCAAGUUUGUGGUCAAGGAGCGACAGACGGAGGACCAGCAGUUCCAGCUGGAGAGCACCACCCGGGCCUUGGUCGAGGAGUGGUCGGCGGCGGGCUACAUCCCGGCCGACGUCAAGAAGACGCUGGAGGCCAUCGCGAAGCGCAACGAGAAGGCGGCCGAGCUGCAGAAGAGGAUCAACCGGUCCGACGCCCACCUGCGCUCGAUCAACGAGGACAUCAACCGGAUCGACAGCUGCCUCGGCUCCCUCGCCCUCUCCAAGAGCAGCCUCUUUGCGGAGCAGGACAAGUUCAGGGACUUCUUCACGAAGGAGCUCAACUCUACCAAGGCCGAGCUGGCCAAGGUGGAGAAGGAGAACCAGAGGCUCGUCGGCAAGCGGCUCGCCAACAACAAGAAGAAGACCGACCUUGUCAACACCGUCCGCUUCAAGAAGACCAUCGACCAGCCCGCCAAGGACAAGAAGUAA